AUGGCAGCCAACCCGCUUGGAAUCACUUGUCCCAGUGGCGGUGCAUUCUACACGUGCCAAAACAAUGCGACCGAGUUUUUGGGCUGCUGUACCAGCGACCCGUGCCGGGAUGGCUCCGGACGCUGCCCCGUCGCCAACCUCCGGCCGGCCUCCUUUCCAGCCGAGCUCUACUACGACAUCCCACCCCAGGAAUGCGGUAGCUCGGGUGCUGGCAGCGGCAGCGGUAGCGACCCUGCCGCUCUAUGGUACACGUGCGCCCUGACCGCCCCCCCGUUCCUCGGAUGCUGUACUGCCAACCCUUGCUCGUCGGGUUCAUGCCCGUCAGGCAACCUGGCGGCAGCAAAACUCAAUUCGGAUGCUGGCGCUCGGAGCCCCUUUUUGUCCAAGUCAGCGACCAACACGGCGAGCUCGUCAACGUCGUCGAGCAAGCCAACCACGACGCCAACGAGUCCCACGCCAUCCCAUGUCAUCCCUGCAAAUAAGGCCACAAGGGACGCUGCUGGAGGCAAUGAUGCUGCCGCUGAGGAGGCCAAAGGCUUGCCUGACGGGGCGAUUGCCGGCAUUGCGAUUGCCGGCGCCCUUGCCGUCAUCGCGCUGGCCGCAUUUGUCAUGUACAAGUGGCACCAAAAAAGGCACCGCGGGAAGCCCAGCUCGAAAAGGUCCCACAGGCUUUCUUUUGGUCCCGUGUCGGAUCGAGGUAGCGGGGAUGAGCCUACCCAGGUCCAAGCCCCCCAUUCGCGCCCACCAUCACAUGUGCCCAUGUUCAGUCCCUCCAGCCAUGGUCCUCUACCCACAUCGCCGCCGCCGCCGCCGCCUAAUCAGUUCGCCAACUCCCCCUACCACUACUCCCCCGACGGCCUUGCAUCCCCCCCGCUCAGCUACAAGAGCGGCACAACGAGAGAAGAAGUCUCUGCUGUAAAGUAUCGUCCAUAUAAUACCCACAGCCACAGCCAUGAUACGUCCCAAGUCCCUAGCAGCGGUGUAGCACCUCAGCCGCUGGCCGAACUCGAGAACAGCCCCAAUCUCGCCGAGCUGUCUGGUGGCGAGACGGUCCCAAUGCGGGCUUCUACUCUGGCGGAACUUCCAGGUACGACAGUGCCGGUCCGCAUGCAAUCCUCGCGUCAUGAGUCAGGCGUUUUGCCUGCGUGGAACCACACGGGCGAGGAACUUCACAUCUGGCAACCACCCCAGAGCAGGAGGGCCCCGCGGACACCAAGCCAGCUCCGCUGA